AUGGCUUAUUAUGAUGGCACAUAUUCGGAUAGUGAAGAUGAUUUUGUAAGUUAUAUAUUAAUUACUGAUGAAGAUGACAAAUAUUAUAGUGGUGAUAAUAAUGAUAGCAGAAGUGAUAUUGGCGAUGUUAAUUUUGAUGUAUGCAAUGUUACUGUUACACAGGGAUCAGAUGUAUCCAAUACAUUUGAUGAUGAAGACAACCAAAAUGUUAUUGAUGAUUCAUUAACUGAUGAUUCAGAAGCAGAAAUGUGGUCUGGGACGCCAUUAAAUCCAAAGUUACCGAAUUAUGAUGGAAAAUUACGUCCGUCUGAUAAUAUAUCAUUACAUUUUCCAAAAAGUCCAUCGCCAAUUGAUGUAUUUCGUUUAUUUUUCACACCUGAUAUAACAGGCUAUAUUGUUGAUCAAUCGAAUUUAUAUCGAAUGCAAAAUAAAUUGUUACACCAAUAUCCAAUGACCGAAGAUGAUUUUUAUUGUUUAAUUGGAUUUUUAUAUUAUUCUUCUGUAGUUCCAUUACCAAGCAAAUCGGAUUAUUGGAGUAAUUAUUGUCGACAGGCUGAAAAGAUUGAACCCUUAAUUCGUCUUUUCAAUGAAGUUUGUUUAACUACUGUUCAAUCAGAAACUAAUAUUUCUAUUGACGAACAGAUGGUGGGAUAUCGAGGAAAACAGCACCAAAAGCCCACCAAGAGAGGUUUUAUAUUUUGGACAAGAUGUGGUGUAACAGGAUUCGUAUAUGAAAUUAAACUUUAUCGUGGUUCCAAGGAAAUUUGUUCAAAUAAAACUCCAAGUAUGCAAUUACAACGUUUAUUACGUUCAACAACAGCUGUUUAUGAUGAAGAAAAACGUAUUGAAGAUGAAAAUAAUGAAAAUCUUCGACAAUUUGGUUCAUCGGGUAUGAUAAUAUCAAAUUUUCUUGAGCAUAUACCGCUAGGAUCACGAGUCUAA